CGUCCCACGGCAGCAAAUUGUUAUCAACGGUAAUUGACGCUCAUCGUUGGUUCGCUCGGUAUAUACCCGCUCGGAGAGUCGACGAAUAGUUUAGUUGGUACGAGUAAGUGCGAGUACAUUGGGUACGCCGAUGCAACGGCAUUAUCAUACACGGCGAACGACGCAUCAUCUCUCCAACGCGUACGUGUGACGGAGUAGAAGAGUGGUACAGUGGAAGAGUGGAAGAGUGGAAUAGCGGAGAGGCAGAGGAAGGGUUCAAUGACAAAACGACUUGGUCGAGCAGUGAUUCGCUGUUAGCGCUAUCGCACGUACCGAGUCAGUCGCAAUUGCACCGUCGCCCCUUACGCGUAGUAGAGUUCGUUACGAUACGUCUGUUUGUUUGUUUUUUUUUUUUUUUUUCCUCUCUUGAUUAUUGCACGUUAUUGGGAGUCGUAUCCUAAGCCCAACCCGAACGAUCCGCACUCGGGGUGACCGAGGGGAACUUCGUUGAAAAUGACGGAGCUCCACAAGGUUUUCCUCUCCGUCGGUGCCGUAUUACUCGGAGGUUUUCUGUUCACCGGAAGUCGUCGGAGGUUCCUAUACGUCCUGUACAAAACACUACCGAGGGACAUUCGGGGAUCGUACAGGUUUCUCAGGGUCAAUAUUCUCCUCUGGUGGUGGGAAUCGAGGGGCUUCACUGUCGCUGAGGUAUUCUCGCGGUUGGCCGCAGCACAGCCCGAUCACGUUGCCUAUAUUUUUGAGGACAAGACAUGGACGAAUCAACAGCUGGAGGAAUUCAGCAACCAAGUGGCCCGGUACUUCCGCUCGCGGGAGGACUUGUCCCGCGGGGACAGCGUGGCCUUGGUGAUGGAGAGCCGUCCCGAGUACAUCGGCUUUUGGUUGGGACUGAGCAAAGUCGGUCUGGUGGCCGCUCUGGUUAACACGAAUCUUCGCCGCGACGUAUUGGUUCACAGCAUCCGCGCGGCGGGCUGUAAAGCGCUGAUCUUUGGUUCCGAGCUCGAGGACGCGGUCGUGGAUAUCAAAGACGAGAUCGCUACCCUCAAUCUAUACCGGUGGCCCGACGAUCCUCCCCCCAAGUCGCAAUGUAACGGGUCCAUCGAUCUUUUGCUAGAAUUCGCUAAGGUUUCCGGGAACUCGUUGAUAUCCGACGGACCUCUCGUCCGGGGAAGUCCUAGGGAUAAGUUGAUAUACAUCUACACAUCGGGUACCACCGGGAUGCCGAAAGCCGCCGUCGUCACCAAUCUCAGAUAUAUGCUGAUGUCUUGCGGCGUCCACGCGAUGUUGGGUCUUCGAACGACCGACCGUAUCUACGACUCGCUCCCCCUCUACCACACCGCAGGUGGUGUCGUUGGAGCGGGUCAAUCUCUCCUACGAGGAAUCACCGUGGUACUUCGGCGACGUUUCAGCGCUUCGAAGUUCUGGCCGGAUUGCGCGCACUACGGAUGCACGGUCGCGCAAUACAUCGGCGAGAUAUGUCGCUACUUGUUGGCGGUACCGCAGAGUCCGACGGACACGUCGCACUCGGUGCGAUUGAUGUUCGGUAACGGUCUGAGGCCACAGAUAUGGGGACCCUUCGUCGAAAGAUUCAGGGUGAAGCAGAUCGGCGAAUUUUACGGCGCCACCGAGGGAAACUCAAAUUUAGUUAAUAUCGACAGCCGCGUAGGGGCCGUUGGUUUUGUUCCAAGGUUCGCCGGUGCUCUUUAUCCGGUCGCGCUUUUGAGAGUCGACGAAGAAACUGGAGAACCGAUCCGAGGUCCGAAUGGAUUCUGCAUUCCCUGCGGACCAGGUGAGGCUGGUGUCUUCGUUGGUAAAAUAAACCCGAAGAAGGCAGUCAAUGACUUUAGCGGUUACGCGGAUAAGAAGGCAUCGGAGAAAAAGAUCAUACGCGAUGUCUUCAGAAAGGGGGAUCGGGUUUUCAAUUCUGGCGACAUUUUGGUAAUGGACGAUUUCGGAUACUUUUACUUCAAAGACAGAACGGGAGACACUUUCAGGUGGCGGGGCGAAAAUGUAGCGACUUCGGAGGUCGAGGCGGUCAUCAGUAACGUCGUAGGUCUGAGAGAUGCUGCAGUUUACGGUGUCGAGGUCCCGGGAACCGAGGGAAAAGCCGGAAUGGCAGCGAUCUACGACCCGGAGCAUUCGCUCAAUCUUUCGGAGUUAGCCGAAGCUGUGAAACAUGCACUGCCCGCCUACGCGCGGCCCCUCUUCGUCAGGGUCCUCACGGAGCUAUCCAUGACGGGGACUUUCAAAAUUAAAAAGAAGGAUUUGCAGCUCGAAGCUUUCGACGUCACGAAGAUAAAGGAUCCCGUCUACUUCCUGGACAGAACUGGAUCGUAUGUCAGGCUAACGGAUAAACUGUACAGCGACAUCGUAGAACAAAGGGUCAGAGUGUAAAUAUAACAUGCGGUUCGGAGUGUCGUCGUUGGAUUAACGAGAGAGAAAUCUCUCGAGAAACUCGUAAAAAAUAUCCGAGCUUUUCGCGUGACCUCUGUUAUCUGGACCAGAAAGAUUAAUUUGUCGCACUCGCAUUCGGAGGGAUUUGACUAAAUGAAACGUGUGUUAUGUUCCGAUGUUAUCUUUUAUGUAUAUAUUUGCAUUAAAAAUAGAAUAUAAGUAUAUGUCACUGUUCUCAGCUCCGACAGGAGCCUAGGGUAAUCGUGUUGCGAAUAGGUAUGUAUAAUAAUACUCUUGUAUCCUCGGCGAGAUUUUAGGAAUGUUUCCAUCGCAUCACGACAAUAGGACAAAUCGCAAUUAUUAUUAAUGAAAAUCUUUCACUACCUACCGUUUUCUUUCCACAUUUUCUUCUCCUUUUUCUCCCUACCUUUCCUAAGAACGAGAGUUAUUACACUCGUUACUCCGCAUGGGAAUGCGCCACGUGAUACAUGGAGUCUAAUUUACUGUAACAAGCAGUUUCAAUUAUGCAUCGUCAUGAUCGACAUUACGUUGACUCAGAUAAUGGGAGGCGUGCAGGCAUCUUAUAGCAGCUGAUAUAGUACGCGUAUAGGUAUAAUAUUAUGAAUAACAAUUCGGUAAGGCGAUACGGAUUUUUGUCGGGUAUCGUCUACUGUGUAACUGGCUACAGUUGAAAUAACUUAAGGUCGUAAGCGUCCGAAUACGAAUUCGGUGACAUAAAGUCGAAUGAUUUUUUUUCUCAUGGCGAAAGCGAAAAAUUAAAUAAAAUAUGAACAACCGAGUUCGCAUCCUCCAUGAGUUUCCGCUAACCGCUUAUGAUUGAUGAUCUUAAUUUUCAUCAUUUAUGCGCAGCAUUUCAAUUCGUAUUUUUCUCUGUAAAUAAAAACUGAGAUUCGCGACCUUGUUCCAUUGAACACGGGACAUCUUACCCCUAUAGCUUAGUGGAUACAUGUUCAACUAAAUAAGUGUAAAUUUCAUCAUGUUAUUACGUAUUAUCGGCGAAUAAAGAUGAAGUUCUAUAA